AUGGAUAGCGAUGAGUAUAAAAAAGAAGUUGAAGCAAAUGUAAAGGCAGAAAAACUUUUACAGUUGCAAAACCAAACCGUACAGUAUGAAAACUUAGCACAAGAAAGUAAAAAUAACGACGCAGCCAUGCAAAAGGCAAUGAAAAGCGCAGAAUAUAUAAAAGCUAAUAAUGACUGGUUAGAUGCCCAAGCCAACGCUAAAGCAGCCCAACUUAUAGGGUCAAUAAGGACAAAAAUACAAGCGGAUGAAGACAGUUCAAAUGAAGCUUUAAUGAAUGCUGACUUUAAGAAUGCCUUCGAAGCUCUUCAUAGUAAGGUGAAACUAGUGAACGACUUCUCAUCUGGAAAGAAACUGAAGUCUGAAG